UUAACCCCCGUUUCGCGACUGCGCCAUGAAGAAAUCAAUUUCGGUGAAAAUAAAAACAUUUCAGUAAACUUGCAUUGUGCCACUAAAUUCUUGAAAACAAAACAAUUUCCAAUCUAAUUCAAUACCCAAAAAACGUGUUUUAUUGGAAGAAAUACAAAAACAAUUGAGUUGAGUGCAUUGAAAGUUUGCCAGUACUAAAUUUGAAAAUGCUAACGGCAGGUUAGAAGUAAAAACCAGUUUUGAGAAAAAAGUUUGUUCUACUUUUAGACAUUAAAUCAUCAUAGCAUAAUGGGGACAGUAUUAAGUUUUAAUCCCAGAGAACGACAUCCGUUCUAUUCUUCACAAACCAGUAUUCAAUACAGUCAACAAUCCGACAUUCGAAACGAAUGCAUACUCGAAGGACCUUGCUUAAUGGACUCCCAUUUAAAUAAUUUCUGCUAUGAACAGUUGAAUAAUGCAAAGAAUCAAGAAACCAAGCAGAGUAUUCGUGUCCCUCUCUCCAAAAACGGCAUAAUUACACAUAACGGUGCCGGUAGAAUGAAUCUAGAUAAGCAGACCCAUACCACAAGUUAUAGUUUCAAUAAGUUGAAGGGUACAAAGGAUGCUAUCAAUAAUGAUCUGGAUUCACAUAAUGAAAAUUCGACACUUUUUGCAGAGAAGAAUGCUCUGGAAAAAAGCAUAAAGAAGCAUUCAUUGUUUAUUAGUGCAUUGUCUUGGAAAAAACUUGCUGCGUCACAUAAUAAAAAGAAGAUUGAAAAUAAAAAUAAAUGUGCUAACAUACAAACAGGAUGCUUGAAAACUCAACCACUGGAUCCGGCUAAUUCAUCUUAUAUUGAUAAAAACAAAAAUGUGCGCUUACACUUCAAUCAUAUUAACGACAGUCAAAAUAUAAACUUAAAUCAAGGUGAUUCCCAAAUAUGUAACACAGCUUUUUCAACUUCGAAAACCAAAAAGCAAAUAACGUCACAAGAUCUCGUUAGAAUAAACACAACAAAUUUCAAUAAGCACAACAAAUUGAUUCAAAAAGAACCUCUCGCUCUAUCUUUGCCUCAACAAUCGCAGAUAAUUCAAAAUAAAAACGGUCAUAUUCCAAGAAAGACUGUUAUUCAGGCAUCAACUUCGGAGCUAUUGAAGUGUUUGGGAAUAUUCUUACAUUACCGGUGUAAAAAAUUAAAAAAUUUCGAAGCAGGAGAUGCCGUUAUGUGGCUAAGAGCCGUCGACCGGAGCCUAUUACUUCAAGGCUGGCAGGACGUGGCAUUUAUAAAUCCUGCAAACGUGGUAUUUGUAUACAUGCUAAUUAGAGAACUCGUUAAUGGCGAAGAAACCAAAGAAUCGGAUCUACAGGCAUCUGUGCUUACUUGCCUAUAUUUGUCAUAUUCCUACAUGGGCAAUGAAAUAAGCUACCCACUCAAACCCUUUCUAGUCGAGGACUCCAAGGAUAAAUUUUGGGAAAGAUGCCUUACAAUUGUAAAUCGCUUGAGUAGUAAAAUGCUAAAAAUCAACGCAGAACCAGGAUUUUUCACUGAAGUCUUCACGGAAUUGAAGUCAUGCGGUCAAAUCUUAUCCAACGCAAAUGGAACCUUUUCAUGUACCAGUGCUUGAUGUACAGGAGAGCAAUUCGCAUUUAGGCUUUCAUUUAUACCAUACAUUCAUACCAAGGAACGUGCAUUCGCUUUGGAUGCUUAUUAAUAAACAUACAUACAUACAUAUGUAUAUUAAAAUGAAGAAUGGUGUCAAACUGUAUAACAUAUUAACAGCGUAAAGAAGCUGCAAAUAAAAAGUUUUAGAAAAAUUAGAAAUAGUUAUUGAACUGUUAUGAAAUGAAAGUGGUGUGAGUUAAUUUUUUCGCAACGACAUAUUCAAUUUAAAAUUUAAAAAUACUGGAUAAGAUGAUUUUAGUGGUUGAUGCCUUUUUUGUAGUGCCAAAACAUCAAAA